GGCGUGGCCAGGGCUCCCUGAGGGCGGCGGCGGCGAGCGGGGUCCGGGAGGGUCCGGCAGCCGGGAGAGGAUUCUGGUGGACAGUGCCUCACCCAAGCCAUGGCCACACGCCUCAGAUCGGCUGGCAGGAGCUGCACUGUGAUCGGGGGCUCGGGGUUCCUGGGGCAGCACAUGGUGGAGCAGCUGCUGGCCAAGGGCUACAGCGUCAACGUCUUCGACAUCCAGCAGAGCUUCCAGAGUGAGCAGGUGACCUUCUUCCUGGGAGACCUGUGUGACAAGGAGGCUCUGCUGCCAGCCCUGCAAGGGGUGUCUGUGGUGUUCCACUGUGCCUCACCAGCCCCUUCCAGUGACAACAGGGAGCUGUUCUACAAGGUGAAUUUUAUGGGAACCAAGGCAGUCAUUGAAGCCUGCAAAGAAGCUGGAGUGCAGAAAUUGGUGUUAACCAGCAGUGCCAGUGUGGUUUUUGAGGGCACAGACAUAAAAAAUGGCUCAGAAGAUCUGCCCUAUGCACAAAAACCCAUUGAUUACUACACAGAGACCAAGAUCCUGCAGGAGAAGGAGGUGCUCAGUGCAAACGACCCAGACAACAAUUUCCUCACCACUGCAAUCCGUCCCCAUGGAAUCUUUGGUCCCAGGGACCCUCAGCUGGUUCCCAUCCUCAUCCAGGCAGCUCAGAGUGGCAAAAUGAAGUUCAUCAUUGGGGAUGGAAAGAACCUGGUGGAUUUCACCUACGUGGAGAACGUGGUGCAUGGGCACAUCCUGGCUGCAGAAAAGCUGCACAAAGGCUCCCCCCUGUGUGGGAAGGCCUUUCACAUCACCAACGAUGAACCAAUUCCCUUCUGGACCUUCAUGUCCCGCAUCCUGACCGGCCUGGACUACGACCCUCCCAAGUACCACAUUCCCUACUGGCUGGCCUAUUACCUGGCCCUGCUGCUGGCCCUGCUGCUGGCCCUGCUCAGGCCCCUGGUGACCAUCAAGGCCACCUUCACUCCCAUGAGGGUGGCCCUGGCUGGCACCUUCCACUACUACAGCUGUGAGAGGGCCAAGAGGGCCAUGGGCUACAGCCCCGUGGUCAGCCUGGACGAGGCCAUCGCCAGGACUGUGCAGAGCUACCCCAGCCUGCGCCGGGCCAGGGCCUGACUCCCUGCCUGCAGCCUCUCCAGCCUGUGGGCCAUCAUUUCUGACAGCUCAACGUGGAGCACAGGGCAGCAGUUCCCAGGAAAGGGGAGUUUUCUGGAGUCUCUGCUCCUCCUCCUCGUCAUUCCAUGUGGGAGCUGUGCUGACAGUUUGUUUCUUGGAUGUGACUUCGUGUUUGGAAAGUGCUGCUGAACUCUCUGGGCUGUGAAUAAACACCCUGCUGUGCCCUCUUCAAUCCUGAGCAGGCACACCAGCAUUCCUGCUCCCUUCCCUCCACCCUUGUCCCGUGUUUUGUUGCUCUGGUGACAGCAGCCACCCCUUCCCAGACUGGGGCACAAACACUUCCUGGGGCUGGCUCCCCUCUGCACUUUGGCUUUGCUCUCCACAAGAGAGCCCAGUGCCAGAAAGGACUUCUGCCACCAUCUCCUAAAUCAUUGCAGCUCUUCUGGUUUUCCCUCCAUGAUCAGGGGGUGGUUUGGCUUCUCCCUGAGGCAGCAGAAGGAACCCACAAGGAGUGUGUUCACUUGUGGCUUCAUUCCUUUGUCCAUGCAGGAUUUAUUUCUGUUCCAAAAGAACCCAAGUAAAUCACACAGAGCUGACACUGCAGCUUUGUGUCCCAUCUCUGAGAGGGCAGAUCCCACUCUCAGCACAAACAGGAUGUAAAUGAUUCCCUUUUGGGGCAGGGAUCUUUGGGAGCUGCCUUUGAGCAGCCCCAGCACUGUUCUGCACAUCUGCAGCCCCAAGCUGCUCCUCCCUGCCCUGCCAGUGCUGCUCACAGGGAUUUUUGGUGCUCUGACCACUUAGUCCAUGAAAAAACCUCUUUUCCACAAGGAAAUGGACACAAAGCAACAGUCCCCAAGCUAUUUGCUCUGACUUGUAUGUUAAAUAUUCUUUGCCCUCUAAUCUUUCUAAGCACUUCAGUUCUGGUUUGGUUUUAAAUGAGGGGUUUAGGUUUGAGCUGGAGUUUUGCCCUGUGCAAAUUCCUGGAUCCCUGGCAGUUCUGGUGUUUCAAAUUUCAGAAGGAUGGGAAAUGCCUCAGUCACAGAGUUAUGGAAUCCCAGGAUGGUUUGGGUUGGGAAGGACCUUAAAGCUCAUCCCAUUCCUCCCCCAGGGACACCUUGCACUGUCCCAGGCUGCUCCAAGCCCCAUCCAGCCUGGCCUGGACACUUCCAGGGAUCCAGGGGCAGCCACAAUCUCCUUAACCUCAAUGUGCUGCUAUAGUCUGAUUAAAUAUCUGAUUAAAUGGGUUUUAUUUGAA